GGCGUUGCCAAGGCCGCGCAGGAACGCGCGGAGCCGGCGCCGCCAUGAGCGCGGAGCGCGGCGAGAGAGACCCGCCGGACGCGCUGCAGAACCGCAUCCACGCCGAGCGGGCCAAGAAGGAGCGCCAGUGGCGGCUGCUCUUCACGAAGUACACCGUCAACCCGUACCACCCCAUUUGCAUGAUUGCCAGGAAGCCAAUGUCUUGGCAUGAGAACAUACAAGUGCCAGUAGAUGAUGAAUUCCUGAAUUUUCUUCACCGUGCAGCAGAUGUGCCAAGAAGGAAAUAUUCAAUGCCACAAACUGAAAGCCAAGAAAUUGGCUGGCAUACAACACCCUUGGUUCCCUUCAACUACAGUGAUACCAGAUUCUACUUCCCACGCUGGAAAACUGAGAUUACCGCCCAUGGCUACCCUGCACCACGGGGAGAGAAACCUAAAGAAUAGUACAGGGAGAAAAGCACGGAUAGAAUGUUAAAGACAUCUAAUGUGUUAGGCCCUGCUCGUUAUCUAGCAAGUCUGGCUGAUUUCUAGUGAGAGACAAUAGAAAAAACAAAACUUAAAAAACAGUGGCACAAACAAACCUAUCUGUAUGGUUCUGUA